UUAUUUCACAUCAUCAUAUGACAAUGUCCAGCGUUCAUCCAGAUUAUGUAUAUGGAAGAAGAAAAGGAAUACAGUGUUCCCUGCAACACAAAGUCUAUACAAUAUGGAAACCUGGGGAAGAGAUGCUGAGCCAUCCACUUCCCAAACAUCUGGGGGCUCAUUCAGAAGUGAUAAUGAAGCUCAUUUGUCAUCCGAAAUGUUACAUUCUGAUCUACCUGGACAUGUUACCAGUUACUUUGAUGAAUUAACAAGUCACCCUUCCUGUAUAAUUAAAAGUAUUGCUAUAGAUAAUGAUUCAUUAGAAAGUCCUGAGAAGCAAGAUGAGUCUUGGCUCAGCAAGAUUGGAUCUUACAGGAGCAAGUUGGCCUUCCUAAAUUGUUGGAAUGGUGCAAAAGAAGAUACAGCAGAACCCAAAAGGGAUCUUCAUAAAUUUACAAAAACAUAUGAAAGCCGCUCUUUGAAUGAAUUGGCUGAGUGUGAGGAACAUGAAGGACAGCCUUACAUUCCCUAUGAUUUGGCAAAGAUUUACAUUACAAAGAUAGUAAACGAUAUGCAGCAAAUGAAAAUAAAGCACAUGGAGGUCAUUAAAGAAACUGAUGGAAAUGCAAGGAGAAAUCAGGAAAAUGUGAUUCUUAUCCUUAGAAACCAUUACCGUGCUAAGAUGAACAUUCUGAAGACCAGAUUAGAAGUCUAUCAUGACAUUAUGGAGAAAAAAACUGCACAAUUUCAAGACAGAAUCAAGGAUUUGGAAAUAGAAAGAGAGCAGCUGAUAAACGAGAAAUCAUCCCUUCUAUUUGAAAUCAGUGAAUUGAAAGAAAAACUAGAGCAUGAAAAGUGUAGGACAAAAGAGAUGUAAAGAUGGAAUUCAGAAAUAGUUCAUGUAAUAAGAGAACAUUGCCCAGAGCAUCCCAUUGCCUCCACCAUCUUGCCUUCAUCCACUAGUGCAUCCUGGUGCCAUUUCUUCUGCAGGUUAAUGAUGCACACACACCCAGCCAUCCACUUUAUGUAAAGGAAAAUGUGAUUAAUCAGCCCACCUUCUUUCAUUGCUCCGAUGUCCUGUUCUGAUACUCACAUGCCCAUUGUAGGUGCUUUUGGUGGUGGGCAGGUGUCAGCAUGGGCUGCUAUGUGUUUUGGUACCUUUCUAUUAUAGCCAGCAUUACAAUUUUCCUCAAUUUGUGCUACAGUAACACUUC